AUGGAGACAAGAUGUGGAAAUGUCAACUUUGCAAGAAGAACAAAUUGUAACAGAUGUGGGAAAGAAAGAACAUGUGAAGCUAAACUCAUGAAGGCUGGAGGAACAGAAAUUGGAAAAACUCUUGCAGAAAAGAGCCGUGGCCUUUUCAGUGCCAACGAUUGGCAGUGUAAAACCUGUGGGAAUGUGAAUUGGGCACGAAGAUCAGAGUGCAACAUGUGUAACACUCCUAAAUAUGCCAAAUUAGAAGAAAGGACUGGAUAUGGAGGUGGAUUUAAUGAAAGAGAAAAUGUUGAGUACAUUGAACGUGAAGAAUCUGAUGAUGAAUAUGAUGAGUUUGGAAGGAAGAAAAAGAAAUUCCGUGGAAAGCCAGUUGGACCCAAAACCAUCUUGCAAGAAGAAAUUGAAAGCGAAAAAGAUGAUGAGGAUGAUGAUGAGGAUGGGGAUCUCUCCAAGUACAAACUUGAUGAUGAUGAUGAUGAGGAGGAUGGUGAUCUCUCAAAGUAUAAUCUCGAUGCAAGUGAAGAUGAAAAGAAGCCUCCCAAAAGCAGGAGUCGCUCCAAGUCACAUUCAUCUCGAUCUUCUUCAUCUUCCACUGCUCAUUCCAGUUCAAGGUCCAGGUCCAGGACCAGAAGUUCUACCACUUCCAGAUCGAGGUCACGUUCCAGCUCCAGAGGUCAAUCUAGAUCACCCCGGUCGAAGUCAAGCUCUAGAUCACGCCGGGGAUCUUCAUCUCCAAGGAAGAGAUCUCGCUCAAGUUCUCCAUCAUCAUCAUCCUCUGAAAGAGGCAAAAAAAGAAGCCGUUCCAGGUCAUCAUCCUCAAGUGGCCGCAAAAAAACUAGACGUUCUGACUCAAGAUCUUGGUCUGCAGAAAGGCGCAGUGGGUCGUCUUCUGGAUCCUCUCAUUCAGGCUCCCGUUCAAGUUCUAAACAGAAAUAGCCUUUUAACAUCUGCAGUUUUUAAAAAGUUCAGUAAUUUCUGGAAAAAUGCAUGAAACUUAUUUUAAAGUUAUUAGUGUCUUGAGCAAAUCCACCUGAUGUUGUGAAAACAUUAAACAAAAUUGGGCAACUGUUCUGAUGAGAUCCUGCUGAUGUAAUCUUAAACCAAUUGUUGCUUUUGAGUGUUGGAAUUGUAUUCUAGUCUAUUAAAUUUAGUAUAUUAAGCCAUAAUUUCUUCCAUAUGGGGAAAACUGAUUUUGAUGAAUUUUUGUUACAAGGGCUGUGAGGACAAGUGAGUUUUGAAGUGUAUGUUAUGUACACAUCUCUACACCUACACAUUAUAAUGCAGAAAGUCUUAAGUACAGGUCGUCUUUAGAGCAGGAGAAUCUUUGAAGGUAUAAUAAAUUCUAGGGGAGUAUUUGUUCAAAUUACUUUACCACAAUGAAUCAGGAUACAGUAUUGCACAUAACAAUUUUGUUUGAUAUUUUUGUUAAAUCAGUUCUUCUAAGAAUUCAGAGCCUCAAUCAGGGCUCCCUUUAAGUUUUAUUAGAGAUCCUUAUGCUUUCCACAGGAAAUGCAGGACAGAGCAACUUGACUUUGACUUAGGAAAUCUGCAUCGCAAGCAAAUAAUGUAGUUUUCCUGAAUCCUGAAACUCAAGCCAGUUUAGAGCCACUGCCCUUGCUGAUGUCUAUAAAAAUACACUGGGAUAUUCCACAAUAUUACAUACUUUGAAAUUUAGAAGUGUUUUCUGAGUUUCACUAUACAUUUUUCCACAUCACCCAAAAUUCUUGUGCCUCGUGCUGAUUUCAUUGCAGCUUCCCUCAAUUUUUUGGUUGAGGGAAAAAAUGUGUAGAAUUGAUAAACAUUGGCUUGUUCACAUUUUCCUUAGCAUCCUUAAUUCUGUUUUGGGCUGGAUGUAGGUAUAAGUGCCAAAGUGAAAAAGGCUUGAGCAAUUUUGAAUGCAGUUUUUGGUGUACAUCACAGCAGCUAUUAUUUGAUGUUGGUCAGUUGACCACAAAGCCAUAACUAUUGUUCAGAAAUUAAUAAAUGUAAUGCUGUUGAGGGUAGGAUCUUCCAGGACAGAAUUACAGAUUCACUUUUGGGACUGAAUGGAGAUGGUGAAUAGCUUUGGUAGCUCCCUCAAGAUCUAAUCUAAUAAUGAGAAAGCAUUGUAUUUGCAUAUUGGUCAAUUAAGCAUAAAUACAAAAAAUAUGGAAUAUUCCCAAGAGUUGAACCAUUAUUUUUUGAAUAUAAUAGUGCAUUUUCAGUCUGCGAACUCUUUUAAUAUCUUUGAAGCAUUGGGUUUAGUGCUCAAAAAUUGUGGAUUUUUAAAAAUCCAAAUAUAAAUAAUGUAUCAGUUGUCUUCCAUCUUGAUGAAUUAUUAUGGCUUAAUAUAACUCUCAUCUUAAACCUGGUUACAGGAAAAUAAUUGCAUCGUCAAACAAAAGGUCUACUUUUCAGAACUCAUGGAAAUUUCAGCUAUAGUAGAUGGUAGAAGAAGGUAAGUAUACAGCAAAAGUUCUAACAUUAUUUGUGAAUUAUACUUAGCUAUACAAAUUGCAUAUUUGGUGCAAAUGUGGACAUUGUUUAUAAUGGGUCUUUAUUUUCAGUUUAUUUUUGUUUGGUUAUACAGGCACCAGAAAUACUAGGCAAAUAAGGGUUGGCUUUUUCUUUGAGGAUACACUUUGUUACUUAAGUGGUCUAUUACUUAAGAUUUUGCAGUUUUAAUCUCUUUAACGCCUUCUUUCAGAGCCAACAUGUCUACACGUCCAAUUGUACUUGUAGCUCGUAUAAAACCAACUUGAGGAACAUGUGACCAAUAUCUAUUGCAGUGUUUUGGGAUUCAGCUCUGGAAAUAUUAGAAGAUCUGAUUUGUGCAGGAUUCCUCUGAAUGUAGAGUUUCAGUGUAACUUUUGUGGGCAACACGAUUUUCAUAGUGACAUUGCUGUCGUAGUUAAAUUUACAGGAUUACAUGAAGGAGUGUAAAUUAAUAGUGACUUUUGUUUUGUAUUUUCAAUACUUUCAAAGCCAGUUAAGUUCUACAGAAUUUUGUGUCUCUUUAAACUUUGCCUAUAAUAGUCUUUGUCUCUAUUUCAAGAAAAUUUAGCUGAGGUCACUUAAUUUGAUCUAGGUUGGUAUGUUGAUCAGUCGUAAGGUUUGGAUUUUUUAAAUGGUCGAAGUGACAAUUAACUUAAGGUCAUCAGCUUGUACAUCUAGCCCUGUGUAAUAGUUUUCAUCUGAAACAAGAAAACACUUUGUAGACCAUGUGUAUGUAAAU